UCUUUGUAUUCUAGAAAUGCACACCGUUUUGGGGAGUUGCUUGUUGGAAUUGUUACCCAAGUAAAUGCAUAGAAAUCCACCAUCUAAAUCAAUUCAAUGCUCUCAGGCAAUUCUCAUACUUCUGAACUAUAACCAAAUCAACCAAAGAUAUACCCUUAAAGGUUUCUAUCCUCCGAAACUACCUACAACUACCUACAGCCUAACAUAACUUCUUUGCUAGGGCUACUAGGUAGGGUGGCUAGUACAAAGCGAGUUAGACAAGAGGAAUUACUUGUACCAAGAGAAAGGUUACAUGUACUUGUCCACCUAGUGUAUUCAACUGCUGGAGUAUUACCGCUACGGCACCGCUACCGCUGCUACCACCGCCACUGUUACCAUCACUAUUACUGCCACAUCUGACGACACGUCUUGUUUGUGCUUCCAGUGAAGAAAUAUCCAAAGAAAAAUAACCCAAUCUUACAACUCGACACCGCCUAUACGUCCGUAUCUUCCAUCGACGAAACGAUAAACGAACGAGCGAAUCUUCCGUAAUAUUCUCUGCCGUCUAGGACGAGCGAUUCCGCCAAAAUGUCGGGCAACCGAAACUAUGACUUCUUAAUCAAACUUCUCCUAAUCGGCGAUUCCGGCGUCGGUAAAUCUUGCUGCCUGCUACGAUUCAGCGAAGACUCCUUCACACCGUCAUUCAUCACCACCAUCGGUAUCGACUUCAAGAUUCGUACGAUCGAGCUCGAUGGCAAGCGCGUGAAAUUACAAAUAUGGGAUACGGCCGGACAGGAGAGAUUCCGAACCAUCACGACGGCUUAUUAUCGCGGCGCGAUGGGUAUCCUUCUAGUAUAUGAUGUUACGGAUCAAAGGUCUUUUGAGAACAUCCGAACGUGGUUCGCAAACGUAGAACAGCACGCCACCGAAGGCGUAAACAAGAUCCUCAUCGGCAACAAGUGCGACUGGGAAGAGAAGCGCGUCGUCUCAACAGAACAAGGCGAAGCACUUGCUAAGGAGUUAGGCAUCCCCUUCCUCGAAGUUUCUGCCAAGAGCAAUAUCAACAUCGACGAAGCCUUCUACAGCCUAGCCGCCGACAUCAAAAAGCGCAUCAUCGUUACCUCUAAGAACGAGUCCGCAACAUCAGGUGUCAACGUAUCCCAAGGAGAAGGCAGUGGCGGACAGGGGAAGUGCUGCUAAAACUGAGAAGCAGGGUUUUUAUUGAAGGUGAGAAGAAGGCGAGGGGACAGGCAGACAGAUGCCAGGCUAGACCCAAGGGCUUAGCACAAAUUUCUUGUUAUCAAGCGAGUUUACAGUAGACCGAGGCAUAUGAUUUAUGGAGGAACCCUCAACGUGAGAGUGAGUAAAUGAGGAGACAGAAGAAACCCCCUCCUCAAGGACCGAAGAAGGCAAAGCAAGGAGUGGAAGUGUAUUACCUCUGGAAACGGGGAAUAAGGAGGGGAACGGGUGGCGGACAGCUAACAAAGUCAGAAAGAUUAGGCAAGGCAAGACGAAGGCUGGACUGUUUUAAGCAAAAGCUUGCUUGCUUGCUUUUUUUACGAUAGACAUUUUCACAUCACAGAGACGCGAACACACAACACCAUCACAAUCACAUAGGAAGAAUGAGGCCUGGGGGGCAACGUGAGGGCGACUUACUAUAUUGGCGGAGUUUGGUUGAUAUGGGUCUAAUACAUUUUCCAGUCAUCAUUAUCAUUGUUGCUGUCUUCGUUGGCUGUGUCUGUCCUAUUGUGUACCCAUUGAUGUAAGGAAUGCCGUGAUACUCGCAUUGGAAAAUUGACUUAUUUUAUUCCCGAUA